AUGGACGGCAUAGAGGCCAUGGGUGCACGACGUGCCAUGUCGCUCAUGUUCACCGUCCCCGAACGCUUCAUCAGCUUUGCCCACAUGGACCAAAAGACCUUUUUCGAAUUAUCAGACUGGAUCCUGGCCAAUGUCGCGUCGCAAAUCACUCCGGAAAUUAGCGUCGAGGAGUCGCUCUUUGUCUUCCUAGACAUUGUCGCGCAGGGAAACAGCUUCAGCGAAGUGGCGUAUGGAUGGGAUCAUGACGUCGAGCUGACCCAAGGUAUCUUCCUGAACGUCCUCAAUGCCCUGACCGUGCUGCGCGAACGCCGAGAAAUUGCCGAUUCGUGCCCGCCCUUCACCCAGACCCGUAAGCGAUGGGAAGUCGCCCGACGAUGGAACCAGAAGCGAUCACGACCAAACCCCAGUGGUGUAGUCAGGAUAGGCUACGAUGAAAUGUGCCGAGACGGCCUCGAGGUCGACCAGGAGUGCCUGAAGGAGGCACUGGUUGCCCUCAACAACUUCAUCCACGAGAACGCAGAUUACGACGAAUCAUGA